GCGCUCGCGGAAGGUCCGCCGGCCGGCCCUGGGCCCCCGUGGUCCCGGGGUGGAGGAAGGCUGAGACCCCGCAAGCCUGAUCAGGGCACUGGCCCCACGCCGACCCCCGCCGCCGCAAGUUCCUUUCCCUGUCUGAGCCUCAGUUUCCCCUGUGCCAGAUGGGAGCCGCCGGCGCUGAGUUUGGUGCCUGGGCAGAGACGCAGCUGCUGACGGCAUGACGAGCGAGGUGAUCGAGGACGAGAAGCAGUUCUACUCCAAGGCCAAGACGUACUGGAAGGAGGUCCCGGCCACCGUGGACGGCAUGCUCGGGGGGUAUGGCCACAUCUCCAGCAUCGACAUCAACAGCUCCCGGAAGUUCCUGCAGAGGUUUCUGAGGGAAGGCCCGAACAAGACGGGGACCUCGUAUGCCCUGGACUGCGGAGCUGGCAUUGGGAGGAUCACCAAGCGGCUGCUCUUGCCUCUCUUCGGCGUGGUGGACAUGGUGGACGUAACGGAGGACUUCCUGGUCAAGGCCAAGACCUACCUGGGCGAGGAGGGCAAGCGAGUGAGGAACUUCUUCUGCUGCGGCCUGCAGGACUUCAGCCCCGAGCCACAGUCAUACGAUGUGAUCUGGAUCCAGUGGGUGAUAGGCCACCUGACUGAUGAGCACCUGGCUGAGUUCCUGCGGCGCUGCAAGCAGGGCCUGCGUCCCAAUGGCAUUGUCGUCAUCAAGGACAACAUGGCCCAGGAGGGCGUCAUCCUGGACGACGUGGACAGCAGCGUGUGCCGCGCCCUGGACGUGGUACACAGGAUCGUCCGCAGCGCGGGCCUCAGCCUCCUGGCCCAGGAGCGGCAGGAGAACCUCCCGGACGAGAUCUACCACGUCUACAGCCUCGCCCUGAGAUGAGCGGGCCGGCGGAGCACGGGGCCGGUGUGGGACUGGGGACUGGCGGCCAGGUGAGGCCCAGACGCUCCACGUUGAUGGUUCGGGAGUGUUGAGUGGGGUCACUAAAUACACCUGUCUGCCAUCCACUGCCAAA